UUCAUUUUCACUUCCGGCAGGAUCCCCACUGGUCGCAGAUCUGUCAGUGUAGAGACAGUAACGUUUAUUAUGGAUAACCCAGCUAAAGUUAACACGAUGGCAGUCAAACUGGUGGAAUCCAAUAAUACUCCAGGGGGUGUUCAGCUUGUCAGUAGUAGACGGACAAACAAACAUUCCUCACCUAUGGAUCUUGUUGAACUUGCUUCCUCCAUUCAACAGGCUGACGAGUUUGUCAAAGCUACAGCAGGCAGCAAGCUGACUGUAAUUGCUGAUCAGAUCAGAUACCUUCAGGAGCAGGCAAGGAAGGCAUUGAAAGAUGCUCAGAGAGAUAACACGAUACACCAUGCGGCCUGUAACAUGGUGAAGAAACCUGGUACUGUAUACUACAUGUAUGAGAGGGAAUCCGGGCAGAAGUACAUGUCCAUCCUGUCACCAGAGGAGUGGGGAGCCUCUUGUCCACAUGAGUUUAUUGGUGCCUACAAACUUGAAUAUGACAUGUCAUGGACACCUAUUGAAGAAGUAGAAAAACGGACAGAACAGUUUGCAUUGAUUGACCAACUUUUAUCCAGUAAUCAGAAAUCCAUAACAGACUCUGCAACUGUUACAGUGUUAGGAGAUGAAAAGUCAGAGAAAUCCUGAUAAUGUUACUAUGUUGUUAUGGAUGUUCUAAUCAGCUAUUAGUAUGGGCUGUAAGAUCUAACAAGCUAUUAUAUUUUUUAGCUCGCUUGUCUGAAGGACAAAUGAGCUUAUGAUGUGGUGUGGCGUCCGUCUGUCUGUCCAUCCAUCUGGUAUCAACUUUUUCUUAUAAACUACUUCUCAAUAACCAUGAAGCACAGAGACCCAAUAUUGACCCUGUAACCAACUGGGGUGAAGAGCUACCAAGUCUGUUCAAAUAAAUGACCUUGAUCUACAUUCAAGGUUGCAGGAGUCAAAUAGACUAAAGUCUUGAAACAAUGAUUUCUCGAUAGCCAAGAGACUCCGAGACCUGAAAUAAGCCAAGGCCAAUAGUAUGUUGGAAUGGAGGACUAGAAAAUUUAUUGACAUGAAUAAACAUAGCCUAAUCUGACAUUUGAAUAAAGUGGUAAUCAACGCCUGAAGUUUAUCUACAGAAAUGACCUAGAUCAACUUCAAAGUUGCUGUAAAAUCAGAUGAGUGAUACAGGCCCUUUGGGCCUCUUAUAUUAUCAUGUACCAUAUUCAAUUGUGUGUGGUAAUAUAUCUGUACAUGUAUGCAUUUUAACUCAGAGAUGUUGAUGGAAUUUUUUAGAGGUCCAUUUAACUCUUCUAGAAAUGAUGGCCAACUCAAUAUUCUUGCACUCCUGCAAAAUUGAAUUUCAGUCCUUACAGAAACUUGCCAGUAAUCUUUUAAUCUGCAUUUUAAUUUUCCCCAAAGAACAUCAGUUUCACAGAAUGAAAGUAAUUUAUGUAUCCAUGCAUGAAAUAUAAAAAGUCUUUCAGAUAUUUCCUAGGAACUUCUUGUUACUAAGUGAAGUGUUGCUGUGGCUAAAACAUACAUUUAGGAAGCUUUCUUAGGUCGUGACUGCUGAAAGAGAAGAGACUAGAACAUGUUCAAAUGAUUUUUUCAAUAUUGAAUGAAAAUGUGUGGUUUGUUUUACUGUGUACAUUAUCAGUCAGAAGCAUUUUAAUUUAUUAUACAGAUUGUUUAUGAGAGAAGAACUUAUGAAUGUGAGAAUUGUAUUUUGUAAUAGUGAGGUAUAAAUGUGAGAACGGUACAUUGUAAGUUUAAUGAGGUAUAGAAGGAGUGUUAUGUAAGGUAUAAGUGAUAUCUGUGUGGCAGUGAUAGGCCAUUUUCCAUUUGGUAAGGACCAUUUUACUAAAUCAUAAAUCAUCAUAAAAAUAAAAUGAAAUAUUUUCAAACCUC